AUGGCGGAAACGGAAACGCUUUGUGAAUACUGCGCCGCCAUCGACUUUGAACAGCUUCGUCUUCCAUCUUCCAAAGAUGUGGGAAAGCUUAACGAAGGACGGCCAGUUGAAGACAUAUUUCCCUCCAUCGAUUACAGCAUAUGGAGCACGGAUCGUCCCCACUGGAGUCUUGGAACCCAGAGCCGAAUCCAGAGAUCUGCUGCCACUUGCCCGUUCUGCAGGGAAGUCUCUCUCGUUCUCGAAACAUCAGGGGUGCGAGUAAAAGCGCCUACUGUUUUCGAAAAAGAUCCCAUUUGCGACGUCUACUUCACCGAGGCCGGCCGCGUACAUGCGCCUCCAGGUGUGACCUGGGAGCGGAAUGAGCAAUACCUACGGCAUAAAUUGCUACCUAACAAAUCCCCACCUUCGCUUAAUAAUUUACCCCUAAUACCUUAUCCGAGAGUCUCCUUGCGAUGGACGGUACCCGAAAAGCAUCCGAUGCCUUGGUACGCGAAUUACCCUAAGUAUGAAGGUGUUAUUGAGCUCUUUGAAUGCUUCCAAAGCAUCGAAAUGGGCAUCAAUGAAAGACGAAGCUUGUUUAGUGGACGGGAGAGGCCAGCCCUGCUUGACCUGGAAUUGCCACGGCGAUGGCUACGUGACUGUUUGGACAACAAUAACGGCCGAUGUACUCCCGAGCCAAAAGGCGAAGGUGUCAGAUCAUCAAUCUUCCGCCUUAUCGACACGAAAGCAAAGUCAGUUGUUGAAUUUGAUGAACACCGUCUCGGAGAUACUCCGUAUGUGACGCUCAGCUAUGUUUGGGGUACUACACAACAAGCUGUGCUUAAACGUGAGAAUGUCCUUCAACUACAGUUGCCUGGCUCUCUUCAAGGGGUCACUUCGCGAACCAUUACAGACGCUAUGAUAUUCACGUUCAAUAUGGGAUAUCGGUACCUCUGGGUGGACGCGCUCUGCAUUGUACAAGACGAUGAUGCGGAUAAGAUGUCUCAACUCCAUAUCAUGGGUGAUAUUUACAAGAAUGCCGUCUUUACAAUUGUGGCCGCUGCGGGUGGGAAUUCUGGCUCAGGGCUUGCGGGUAUUCGUACGCCUCGAACAGUAAUCCAACGCAAAGUUCAAGUCAAACAAGCGGGCCCACAAAAAAUGCCCUUGUGGCUCAUCUCAACGGCUAUGCCCCGUGUCGUCUCUUCAUAUCAACUAUAUACGAGUGGCCUUCCUUGGCAGACCCGCGGAUGGACGUUACAAGAAAAAGCUCUGUCGCGGCGCGUAUUCGUGUUCACAGACGAGCAACUAUUCUGGAGUUGCAGGCGAUGUCACCGAUGGGAGGAGACCGAUACUGAGACUAAGCUUGCCUUCCUGUCGUGGCAUCCCAUGACUAUGACGGAGGCAGACGUCACACCUAGUCGUAUUUGGACAUCUCUGUGGACGCUGAUUACCGACUUCUCAACCAGGCAUCUCAGUUUAGAUGGUGAUGCUCAAGAUGCCUUUUCUGCUAUUCUCCGAGAAUAUACAGAACUAACCGGUUAUCAGUUCUUGUGGGGCCUGCCUGUCUCCAAAUUGCAAUUCAGUCAUGCUUUAUGUUGGCAAGCGAAUGGUCCUCUCGUGCGAAGAGAAUGUCUCACUACUUUACCGACUACAUCACUGCAAGUUAAGGUGCCGUUCCCAAGCUGGUCAUGGCUCGGCUGGAAAGGUGACAUACGAAACCAAUGGUGCUCUGCCAGUUCUCUAAAACUCGAGAUUAGGCCGUAUGUGCUCAGAAAUACACCUGUGCGGCUGGUGGAAAUAUAUGACAUUCCGGAGGACAACAUGUCAAGGGCCAUGCCUUCCUCCACGAAUGGUGGAGAAAGCGCAUCGCCGCUGCCAACUCAUAGCUAUCCAAACGCAUUUGAGUCCUUGACCCUCGACACAAUUUAUAGGACCCUCAGCCCGGAUAUUACACCGAAGCGACUCUCUCGCACCCCUGAUGACCAGCUCCUCUUCUUCUGGUGUGAACGUACCUUCCUUUAUUUUGAAAAGCCUAGCGGCGACGAAGACAACAUCGGUGUACAUGACGAGGAAGGUAAGCAUCUAUUUUUCCAUAUUCAACGUUGGGUUUUGGGUCAUCUGGACCAAGAAUGGGAGAGACCUAAAUACUCCUGGCAAAGUGAUCGGAUGAAGGUCGAAUUCAUUGCAAUUACCAGUUAUACGUGCGAGUGGUUAGAGUUGUCAAGUAAUCCUUCACAGCGAGAGGAGCAAGGCACCGAGUUUUUCUUGUUUUUGAUCAAGAGGCGUCAGGGUAUCGCCUAUAGGGUCGCUAUGAUUGAGCGUGUUCCCAUGCGGAAGUGGCUGAAGUGUGAACGGGAGAGGAUUCUUGUUGCUUUGGGGUAGGACAUCAUGUAGUUCUUGAAUCUUAUGUCUGCUUUUCACUUCAACGUUUCUUUCAUUAACUUUCAACCUCUUGCCUUUCAUCAAAGCUACAUACUACAACUCGGGAGAUAUUUCAGA